UUCCGCUAGUUUUUCUGAAAGUUAACCAACGUUACCAAAUAUGACUUGGAGCAACACGAGCUCCAUUGUUUCUUGAUUUUUUUAAUCGAAUAUUUUGUGUGUGCAAUACAAUAUACACAUUCAAGCACAAAAUAAUUUCUAAUGUCUGUGAUCUUUAAAGAUUAUUCAGUGCUACAUAUCUUUGUAAAAUUAAGAUUGUUCAGAGCUAAUCCUAAAGUUAAGACUGACCAUUGCUAAUGAUAAUAUAUUUUAUUUAGCACUUCAAUUCAUACCAUUAAUCAUUUAAAUUAAGUUAAGAGUACUGUGUGUUAUGUACCACAAACUUAAGACUGUUCAGUGCUAAAUACCCUAAAUGUAAAUUAUUCAUUGUUACAUACCUUAAAAUUUAAAGUUAAGAUUGUUUAGUGUUCCAUACUCUGAAGUUUAACGUUAAGAUUUUCCAGAAGUUAGAACAUUUAGUGCUAUAGCAUUAAUAUAUAUAUCUUAAUGAUUGUUCAGUAUUUUCGAGUCGUAUUUAUUUUAUUAAACAUCAUAAUUUAGAUGUUUUUCAUUGAACCCUUAAUUAAAACUUGCAAUACAGAACUUAUUUAUGGACGUGGCAUGGCCUGGUGGCUGGGUGCUUAACUUACAAUCUGCAGGUCACAGGUUCAAAUCCCCGUCAUAAAAUAUGAUCCACCCCUUUCAGACUUGGAAGCAUUAUAAAUAAAUGGUCAGUCACACUAGUUGUUGAUAAAGAGUUGGUGUAGGUGAGUUAGAAUUUAUUGGGCUAUCAGCUGAGAAUGAAGACAUUGUUGAAGGCAUUGUUUGUCAGCCUCUUGGCAUUGUUGUACUUGGGAACAGUUGCUCUGGCAAGGCGAAGGUGGUCAACAAAUUAUUUGGACAAACACUGCUACCUACAGUGCCCCCUGGUGGAGACUCUGGAGAAGACACAGUGCACUGGAGAAUGAUUCGAUUUUCUUAUGGCAACCAAACUGAAAUCAGCUUGGCAUCAUCUGAUAAUUAUGAACUAAUUCACCAUGUUGCAGUUCAAGGAAAACCAUUCAAUAGAAGUAUGGCAUGUGAGUUAGAAUUAAGAGAUGAAGAUAAUAUCUCAACAGCAGUCCUUGAGAUCAAACUAAAACAUUCCUUACUACAAGCAAAUGUUAAAGUGAUAGUGUCUCCAUCUAUGUAUCAGAAAGAUUUUGGACAAGUAUUCCAACAGUGUGUGGCUGGUGUGACACCCAUUUUUAUCUACUGUUACAGUGAAGAAACUCUGUCAGAAAAGGAAGUUACAGAGUUGCUUCACUUGAAGAAGUUAGCUCCUACAGACCCACUGUUUUUUAUCUGUUCCAAGUCAUCCUCAACAUGGGAACUAACAGAAUCUGAGCAGCAUACAUGCAUUAAUCAAUCAUCCAGUCAUCGAAGAUGUCGCCGUUACUCCUGUCAGGAGUAUUAUCCACCACAUCGCUUCCCAACUGAUCGUAGGAGAGGAGACUCUGUGGGAUCUAAACUUCAAAAUGUUCCUUUAACUAUUUAUCAACAGUUGUGUGCCUUGGGUUUUUAAACCCCUUACCUCCCAGAAACAAGGGCAAGUUACACAAAUCUCAUAGUGAUCAACUAAGGGUUGAAAGUGAAUUGGUAGAACAGUUUGAAAACUUUUCAAGUAUUCUACUCUUUGUCCGCCGAAUCUUACAGUUUCUUCUCAUCAGAGCAUCUUCUUUGUUGAAUAAUGCCCACAACAACUGUCUUCGCACUUUUAUUCUUGCUGCAUUUGAUAUGACAUGGGAUCUCAUGAUGACACCUAAAAGGAUAGAAUUUGCUCGCAAACAUGAAGCUGAUCUCUAUUCAUCACUCAUGGCUGUUGCAAGUGAGAAACAGGAUGAGAUUCGAGACUUGAUAGUGACUACUGUUUCUUGGAUGAGAGAAGAUCUGUUAGAAAAAGCAGCUGAUUGGGAAUUUCAGAGUCUUUGUGUCUGUGAAGUGGAAAAAGUCUCAUAUCACAACAUUCAAAUCUGCACAUCUGAAAUACAGCAGUUAGUGUUAGAUUCAUUAAACUGUGCUAUUGCUGAGAAGUUAGUUGGAUCCCUCAGUUGUCUACAGGACUGUUAUGUUGGAACUUUAGAGCGUUGUCUCUCUAGUUUAGAGAAACACUGCAAUGAAGAAAGUCCUUGUCGAGCCAGCAACUCCCUUCGUCAAAUUCUAAAUGCUGCUUACCAGGUUGAUGUCACAGUUGACACUAGUGCCUCAUUGCUUCGUACUGUUUUUUUCAAGAUGAAACAGGUAAGUCUUAACAAUCUUUCCUAG